CUUUAUCGGUCUAGCAAGAACAGUUGCCACCAAACCGUAGCUCAAAAUGGCAUUCAAAUUCGCCGUCUUCGCCGCCAUCGUGGCCGUCGCCAACGCCGUCGCCAUCGGAUACCCGGCCCCGCUGGGAGCCUACCACGCUCCUCUGGGAGCUUACCCCGCUGUGGCUAAGGUUGCCGCUCCUCUGGCUUACCCGGCCGUCGCCAAGGUUGCCGCUCCUUUGGCUGACUACGACCCCAACCCUCAGUACAGCUACAGUUAUGCCGUCUCUGACGCUCUGACCGGAGAUAACAAGAACCAGCAGGAGUCUCGCUCGGGAGAUGUCGUGACUGGAUCCUACUCUCUGGUUGAGCCUGAUGGCACCCGUCGCGUCGUUGAGUACACCGCCGAUCCCGUCAACGGAUUCAACGCCGUCGUCCACCGUGAGCCCCUGGCCGUCAAGGCUGUGGCCCCGAUCGCCAAGUACGCUGCCCCGCUGGCCUACCCCGCCGUCGCCAAGGUUGCUGCCCCGUACAGCUACAGCUACGCCGUCUCGGAUGCCCUGACCGGAGACAACAAGGAACAGCAGGAGUCUCGCUCGGGAGAUGUCGUGACUGGAUCCUACUCUCUGGUUGAGCCUGAUGGCACCCGUCGCGUCGUUGAGUACACCGCCGAUCCCGUCAACGGAUUCAACGCCGUCGUCCACCGUGAGCCCCUGGCCGUCAAGGCUGUGGCCCCGAUCGCCAAGAUCGCUGCCCCGCUGGCUUACCCCGCCGUCGCCAAGGUUGCUGCCCCGAUCGCUCCCUACGGAUACCCCGCCUACGGCAAGGCCAUCCUUGGUUAAAUCGCACCCAACGCUAAACCAUGAUAGAUUAGGCGCGAUUCGAUCGGUUUUCUGAUAGAAUUACGCCCUCAUUCAGCUAACAUGACCACGUGCCACGAAGAACUAAUCGAAGUACACAAAACAAAAACUCUAUUGUAAAUAGUAGCGCAAAUGCUCGAAGCAUCAACCAACGAUCCCACGCCAUAGCGGAUGUUAACGGAUGGAUGGAUCAGAGACAUUGACAAUGUUUGACUGUGUUUGACUUAUGUUGUUUUCUAGUUCUAGUACAAUAAACCAGCACCGUAAU